AUGUUUUCCAAUGCUAUAAAGCUAGAAAAUUUAAAUGAUUAUUACAAUGAUGCUGAAGAAUGCAUAAAGCCUUUUUUGUAUAAAUCACGUAUUGUGAAUGAACAGGAUGUGGAGAAGCCUAAUUUAAUUAUUAUUAAUAAAAAGAAUAGAAACAUUAAGAACAAAAGUGGUAGAGAUAAUGGAAGAGACAGAGGAAGAGACGAAGGAAAAGACGAGGGAAAAAACGAGGGAAAAAACGAAGGAAAAGACAAAAGAAGAGGGGAAAUAUCUUUAACAGACUGCUUAGCUUGCUCAGGCUGUGUUACUAAUGAAGAAACAAAUUUCCUUAAAAGUCAAAAUUCAAUUGAAAUUUUGAAUAAUUUAAAUAAAAAAAAAAUCAAUAUAAUUUCCUUGUCAUUACAAAGUUUAACUGCCUUAUCUGUAUAUUAUAAUCUACCUCUAUCAGUAACUCAAGAUAAGCUAUGUUUUUUUUUCAAGUCAUUAAAUUUUGAUUAUGUGUACGAUUCCUCAUUAAGUGAAUUAAUAGCUUUAAAUGAGGCUAAGAAGGAAUUUGCUGACUUUUUUUUUGCAAACAACAAGGGAUUAAGCAAAGGGGCUUCUCCGCACACACUGAAAGAGUCUAGCUGCAAUAUCAGUGGCAGGGUUAGUGGAACCGAGAAAAGAAAAGAGCCUAUAGGAGGGAAUAGGAAGAGUCCACAUAAAAAUAUCAAUGUAAAGAAAGGAGCGAAUAGAUAUAAAUAUAAACAUAAUGAUGACAACAUUUACAAUGGAUGGCUAAAUGGGAAGAAGACGUAUCCAUUAAUAUGCUCUCACUGCAGUGGUAGUGUUAUAUAUGGAGAGAAAAAUUUUGAUGAGGAAUUGUUAAAUUCAUUUAGCAAGGUUAAAAGUAGUCAAGAUAUUCAAGGAAUUAUUUUGAAAAUUUUACAUGUGCAUAAUAGUAGUAUAUAUACAUUUCCCCUUUUGAAAAAUUGUGCUAUUCAGAGUUUCUUUAAUUCGUAUAAUUAUACUCUGGAACUUAUAAAUAUUUGUAGGAAACAUUUUUUAAAAAAUCACAAUUUAUUAAAGAGUGUUAAUAUAUUAACUAGUCAGAAUUUAUUAACGAGUCAGAAUUUAUUAACGAGUCAGAAUUUAUUAACGAGUCAGAAUUUAUCGGAAAAUAACAGUUUAUCAAAAGAUGAUAAUGUAUCAAAAGAUCAUAAAGUUUCAAAAAAUCAUAAAGUUUCAAAAAAUCAUAAUGUAUCAAAAGAUCAUAAUGUUUCAAAAGAUCAUAAUGUAUCAAAAAAUCAUAAUGUAUCAAAAAAUCAUAAUUUAUCAAAAAAUCAUAAUUUAUCAAAAAAUCAUAAUUUAUCAAAAAAUCAUAAUUUAUCAAAAGCGUCUUUAGAAAAUAGCACUUGGGCAAAUGAUGAAGCAGCGGUUGGGGGAAUAGGCAAUAAGGGUAUCUGUCCCCUCUCCAUAUAUGAUAUCAAUCAUGUGUAUGUGUUAUACUGUUUUGACAAAAAAUUAGAGGCUCAUAGGAAUAACCUCCAGGAACAAACAUCUGUAGAUAAGAGUAUGACCACCUUUUUGUCUUAUUUCCCCAUAUACAACAAUGCAUUAAUGACUAAUGCAGAUGGUACAAAUGUGAGUGUAAAAAGAAACCUAUACUGUGUGGAUGCAGUCUUAACAACAGUAGAACUGGUUGAAUUAAUAAAUAGUAUGAACAUAAAUUUUUAUGCUUUACCUCAGUUAAGAAUUGAUAAUAUAUAUACUCUUUUAAAACAAAUAGAUGAAGGAAAAAAAAAAUUUAAAAGAAGUAAGUCUUCACUUGAUAAAGAAUACAAUAUAUUGGUCGAUAAAAAUAAAACAAAAGAGCAAAACAUGAAUAGUAUAGAAGUAAUAACAGGAAAGGAGCAAAUUAAUGUAUUUGCUACUUGUGUGUAUGAUAAUAAAACAACAAAGAAUGGAAAUGAAUCAGAGUAUAAUGCAGAUUUAGUCAAAAAAGGUCCGGAAGAACAGUUCAAUAUAUUGACACCUUCAUCAGAAAAGACAAUAAUUGAACAACUGCAAUCACUUUACAGUGAUAUAAAUUAUAAUUACUCCAUUCGAUGUAGUAACAAAAAUAAUAUUUCCAUGGGUUAUGGAGAAGAAAUAUUUAAGUUUGUUUGUAAGAAUAUAUUUCAUUUUAACAUUGAUGAAAAUAAUUUUAAUGUGAAAUACCAGGACAUUGUUGUGCUGUCUCUUUUUGAAAAUUUCAGUUGUGUUUUCCGCGUCGUUUUGUCUUAUGGCUUUAAGAGUAUGUACAAUGUUUUAAGAAAAUUGAGGGAGUGGAAAGGUGAAAAAGAAGUAGAAAACGCAGAAGGAAAAGAGGAAGAAGCAAAAGUGAAAGGCAAAGAAAAAAUGUAUGAAAUGAAGAUUACGUACAACCUUCAGUUCACGGGAAGAAUUGACUACAUAGAACUGAUGGCAUGUGAGAAGGGAUGUCUUUUUGGUUGUGCGCAGAACAUUUUUUCUGAACGUGUUCAUAAUUUUCCUACGUGUUCAUGCUACAAUUUUCGUAUUUUUAAAAAAAUAGCUGAACAAAAGGUUAUCCGGAAUUUUGACUUUCUGCUUGCAGAUUGUGGUGCAGCAGAAAGGGGGAAAGUUGAAGAAGAAGGAGAAGUGGAAGUGGAGGAAGAAGAAGAGGAGGAAGUGGAGGAAGAAGAAGAGGAGGAAGUGGACAUGGGAAAGGAAAAAGACGAAAGACGACAGAAAGAAAAGCAAAAAGAAAAGCGAACGAAGGGGCAACUCGGAGCACUCUGCACCUGUGGCAAGCUUAAAUCUCCCCCCAUUCCAGAAAAUGAAGCAUUAUACUUUGAAAAAAAGGACAAGGAAAAAAUAUUUCAAAGGAUGUAUGACACCAUGCAUAGUGAUAAAUACACGUUAUAUGUAAAUUCAAGCAACUGCAGAAAUGAUCCUACUGUUAACUCUUUUUUAAGGUAUAUCUUUUCAGCUUUCAACACCGAAACAUUCAGUCUAUUUAGAGCUAUCUUUUCGUCAAAGAAAAAGUUAGAUGUGAUUAAAUGGUGA